GAAGGUGAGUUAGUCCUGCAGACCGUUGCUGAUGUCGCUGGCCGACAAACAGCAAGUCUUCGACUUUGGGACACAAGUUUGUCUGCUGAAUCCUGACACUCGAGGCUAAACCUUUUAACGCGUCUGUGCGCUUUUCUUUCCUUCAGUAAGAUCAACCCAAGAUGAUAUCGGACAUGAGACUGUGCGCUCCAUCGCUUUUCUGUUUUCAGCUUCUGGCUUUGAUCCACUUCAGCCUUGUACUAGGCCAAACUGAUGUCAGGGAUGUGGUGGUGGCCAACAUUAGCGCCCCAAAGGGAUCUCGGGCAGUGCUGCAGUGUCAUAGUCAGCGCAUGGUGUGGACGCAAGACCGCCUAAAAGACCGCCAACGUGUAGCGCACUGGGAUCUUCUCCGUAGUGGCCCAGAACAUGCGAUGGAACGUGUUGUUGAUAUGUUUUCUGCCGGGGAGCAGCGCAUCUACAAUAACUACAACCAGGGACGCAUUGGCAUGCCAAAGACUGCUUUCAUAGAUGGCAACUUCUCAUUAGUAAUUAAAGAUGUUGUUAUGAGUGACAAAGGGAUGUAUUCCUGUAACCUGCAUCAUCAUUAUUGCCACCUCUAUGAGUCCAUCAAAGUCCAGCUUAAUGUCACCAAAUCAGCUCGUAAGGAGAGGAAGUUCUGGGACGGUCAGAAGGCAGUGUUUGUGGUUUUGGUGGGCAAGACUGUUGUCCUCCCCUGUGUUAACCGCCGACCCAUCUGGACAGAAGGCAACAGUCAGGAGGACCAACAGCAGGUGGUGCAUUGGGACCGUCAGCCUCCAGGGGUCAGGCACGACCGCGCCGAUCGUCUCAUUGACCUGUACGCCUCCGGCGAGAGGCGUCAUUACGGACCUUUGUUCGUUCAACGUAAGAUGAACAUAUCGGCCACAGCAUUCUCGCAGGGAGAUUUCUCUCUCAUCAUCUCAGAAAUCCAGCCACUAGAUCAGGGUCUAUACUCCUGCCAUCUCCACCAUCACUACUGUGGUCUGCAUGAGAGACGUAUCUUCCAGCUGACAGUAACACCUCCCAUCCCUGAGGAAUCCACUGAUGAACCUCAAUACCUUCCCAGUGAAGACCAAAACACCAACAUGGUAGAAGUGCCACCACAUGUCAUCAAUGUCAUCUUGCCGGACCAGAGAUAUCACUUCCUGCAACAGCUCGGCUACAUCCUGGCCACUCUCCUCCUUUUGGCCCUGUCAAUACUGGGUAUCAUUCUACUCACACGUCGCCGAAAAAGACAAGGCCAAGAGUUUGAUCCACGGAAAGUUGAAAGCCAAACUCUGCCUACGGUGAAGUAUGUGAGCCAAGCAUCGUGUGUUCAAAAGGAAUGUGUCCAAGAGAUGAAGUUAAGGAACCAGGAAGAAACAAAGUUGGACUACAAGAACAAUCUUCUGAAAGAAGCAGAAAUGUCCAAACCGUGUCCCGCAAAAGCUGUUGAUCUAGACAGAGACAUAGAAAAGCCAUCUUGGAAAUAAUAAGCCCUUUGUCUCUGGCUGGUCCAGGGUCCAAGUUGAAAAAAGGAGAAUGGACGAUGGGUGAAAGUUUGGGAAGAGAGAAAUGAUAGACAAACAUGGUUGAACAAUUCCUUACUUUUUCCUUUUUUGUUGACUCACCUUAUAAACAUUGACAGCAGUAUACAACAGAGUCAAAAUUUCGGACAGAUGUCAUUACAUUCAACUAGUGUAUCUCAUUUACAUGUCUUUAGUUGGUUAUAGAAACUUAUUAAAGUUAAAUAUUCUGGUGCAUUUUGCCUUUUGUUUACAUAUGUGUAUUGUUAUGCGUCCUCCCACAGUAUCCUAGACUUCAAUAAUGUUUUUAAUAUUUUGAUGUAAUUACUAACUUUUUACCACUAAAAAGCUACUUUCCUUUUUUUAUCAAAAGGAAACCCUCUGCUAUCAUGCUUCAUGUUUACUUUUCUGAUGACGAACUGCCUUUGUCACUGUUUAUUUGUAACUUCUAGCAGUAACUGUAAAUGUAUUUGCUUGUAUUCAUACAGCUCUAGGCUAACAGACAGGUCAGCUUUGAGGAAACCAUUGUAAUAGACUGAUGCGACGGCAUCAAGAUAGAUAUAAAACUGUUGUUGUGUAGCUCUGUGUAUUAUUUUUAUACAUGGAAGCAGCAUUUGUGGGUUUUUCUGUAGUUUUCUUUAAAUCAUUGUUAUUAUGUAAUAUGUACAGCUAUGCCUUAUUCGAUUUUAAGGUAUUGGAAACAAAGCUAGUGCCCAUUGUGUAAAAAAUGUGACAUCUGCUCUUAUUAUUUUCUUUAAAGGGAUACUCCACCCAAAAAGGAAAAUGUAUUUACUCACCCUCAAGUUGUUAGAAACCUAUAUACAUUUCUUGGUUCUGUUGAAACAGAGCCAUUUCUGGGAAAUCAGUGACUACCUUAUUUUUUUUGUUCCUACGAACCAAAAUGAGAUAUUUAGUAGAAUGUUGGAAAGCAAACCGUUUCAGGGUACAUUUUAAUUGUACCUACUACGGUAGUCAAUGAUGUCCCAGAAAUUUCUGUUGCUAACGUUUUCUUCCAAAUAUCUUAACAGAACAAAGAAACUUAUACAGGGUGAGUAAAUGAUGACAGAAUUUUCAUCUUUGGGUGGAGUCUUCCUUUAAUAUUGUCUUAGUAUGACAAUGAUUCUCAGGCUAAGACAAAACAUGUUGGCUAGACCAUAGACUGCAUUAUUAUGAUACUGUACAUAAUGGAUUCUCAAUUAACAUCAUCCUUAACCAUUUUUAAUAUUGAUGAUCAAAUUUUCCAGACCGCUGCUGAUGUUUUCUCAUUAAAGCGGAAUCAAAUAAAUCUUUGAACUUUC